GACUCUCCCUGCACUUCCCGCGAACACCGGUCGACGUGUCUGCCGAAGCCGGAAGUAGCCGCCGAGAGAAGCUCGGACCGUUGGGGGGACCUCGGGGUUUUGUUUCGUUUCGGCUUCCUCCCCGUCCUCGUCUGGGGUCGCCAUGGCGGUCGCGUGGCUGUUGUUGCUUUCCGCGCUCCAAGCGGUUCUUCAGCCCUUCGCCUCCCCUUUCUACCUGCCCGGCCUGGCUCCCGUUAACUUUUGCGACAAGUCGGCUAAGGUCUCGGAGUGCAAGUCUGCGAUAGAACUAUUUGUGAAUAGACUGGAUUCUGUGGAAUCAGUCCUUCCUUAUGAAUAUACUGCAUUCGAUUUUUGCCAAGCAGAGGGAGGAAAGCGACCUUCUGAAAACCUUGGCCAAGUAUUGUUUGGUGAGAGGAUUGAACCAUCUCCCUACAAGUUUGACUUUAACCAAAAAGAGACUUGCAAACACGUUUGUACAAAAGAAUAUGAUCUUAGUAAACCUGAACAAAGGCAAAAAUUACAAUUUCUGAAAAAGAGUAUGCUAUUAAACUAUCAGCAUCAUUGGAUUGUGGAUAAUAUGCCAGUAACAUGGUGUUACGAGGUUGAGGACAAUCAGAAAUUUUGCAAUCCUGGAUUUCCCAUUGGUUGCUAUGUUACAAAAGAUGGACAUCCCAGAGGUGCCUGUGUUAUAAGUUCAGAAUUCCAUGAUUCAGAUACUUUCUAUAUAUUCAACCAUGUGGAUAUUAAAAUAGUCUAUCAUGUUGUGGAAAAUGAAGCACCAAGGGCAAGACUCGUAGCUGCUAAACUUGAACCAAAAAGUUUCAGGCACACAAAUAUUGACAAACCAGACUGCUCAGGACUACCUAUGGGUUUAAGGAACAUUAUUAAUGAUGGAACUGUCAAAAUUGCUUAUACAUAUUCAAUUAGUUUUGAGGAAAAUACAGAAAUUAGAUGGGCAUCCAGAUGGGAUUAUAUUUUAGAAUCCAUGUCCCACACGCACAUACAGUGGUUUAGUAUAAUGAAUUCGCUGGUGAUUGUCCUUUUCCUCUCUGGAAUGAUAGCUAUGAUUAUACUAAGGACUCUGCAUAAGGACAUUGCAAGAUAUAACCAAAUGGAUUCUACAGAAGAUGCUCAGGAGGAAUUUGGCUGGAAAUUGGUUCAUGGUGACAUAUUUAGACCCCCACGAAAAGGAAUGCUGCUUUCUGUCUUUCUGGGUUCUGGAACUCAGAUUUUAAUUAUGACAUUUGUUACAUUAUUCUUUGCUUGUCUGGGAUUUUUAUCCCCUGCAAAUCGAGGAGCAUUAAUGACUUGUGCCGUGGUCUUGUGGGUGCUUCUUGGAACUCCGGCAGGUUAUGUUGCUGCCAGGUUCUACAAAUCUUUUGGGGGAGAGAAAUGGAAGACAAACGUUCUCCUAACUGCUUUCCUUUGCCCUGGCAUUGUGUUUGCAGAUUUCUUCAUCAUGAAUCUCAUUCUUUGGGGAGAAGGGUCCUCAGCCGCCAUUCCAUUUGGCACUUUGGUUGCUGUUCUGGCACUUUGGUUUUGCAUAUCAGUACCACUGACUUUCAUUGGGGCCUACUUUGGUUUUACAAAGAAUGCCAUAGAACAUCCAGUCCGUACGAAUCAGAUUCCUCGCCAGAUUCCAGAACAAUCGUUUUAUACAAAACCACUUCCUGGGAUUGUUAUGGGGGGCAUUCUGCCUUUUGGAUGCAUCUUCAUACAGCUUUUUUUCAUUCUUAAUAGCAUAUGGUCUCAUCAAAUGUAUUACAUGUUUGGCUUCUUAUUUCUGGUGUUCAUUAUUUUGGUUAUUACAUGUUCUGAGGCUACUAUUCUACUUUGUUACUUCCAUUUAUGUGCAGAGGACUACCACUGGCAGUGGCGCUCCUUUCUUACGAGUGGUUUUACUGCUGUUUAUUUUCUAAUAUAUGCAGUGCACUACUUCUUUUCUAAGCUUCAGAUUACGGGUACAGCAAGCACCAUUUUAUACUUUGGCUACACCAUGAUAAUGGUCCUGAUCUUCUUCCUUUUUACAGGAACAAUUGGAUUUUUCUCUUGCUUUUGGUUUGUGACCAAGAUAUACAGUGUGGUAAAAAUGGAUUGAAGAUAUUCAAUGCAGAAACUAUCAACCUAAUUUAAGUACAUGAUUUUGGAAAAGAAUGUAAGCUUUAUCAAAAGUACUGUCUUAGUACUUUCUGAAUGAUACAGAAUAUACAUUUUCUCUCAUUCAAAUAUUUGUAUUGUAAUUUUGCAAUCUGUUUUCAGUUCGUAUUCUUAAGACUGAAUAUAAAUGUAUGCAUUUGUAAAUAUUGUUAUAUUGGGACUUUUAAAUUCUAAUGACCGGGUUAUAAGUGCUGCCUUGCAGUAUUUAAUAAUUCUUCUGAAAGAAUAGUUGUAAAUAAAGUUUUCUAGGUUUGCUGAGUGGGGUUGAUUAUUUUUUCAAAGUAAAGAACUUAUUUCUAUCAUGCUUCUGAAGAUUGACUCAGUGUAAGGUUGACUCAACAUUCUUGUAGUUUGAACGUUUUUGUUUCCUAUGAAGCCAUGGCCAUAAAUCCGUGUUGGCGUUUGAGAUUCUGUGCCUCCUAAGUUUUGCAACCUAAACAAUUCAUAAUAAAUGAGCUAUGUUCAGUUGAUUAUUACCCAUUAUAAAUAAACGCAUAAAAUCCUGUAAAUAGAAAUAUACUGAUAAGUUUUAGACAUGUAGAUUGGGUUAUGGUUUUUUUGAGUAAAUCAUGCUACAUAAAUGUAAUAUUCAUGCACUACUUAAAAAUGACAUUUCGUAAUUAUACUAUAGUGUCUCUCUUAAUCCACUACAUAACUAAAUUAAAAGACUGGAUAAUAUGAUGAAAAGGUCUGCAUAAAUAGAAACAAGAUGUAUUACCAAUUGUGUCCCUUGCAGAUUUUAAUGAUACAUAUUAUGCAGAAUGGACUACAGGUUUUUUUUAAAGAACUAUUUGCCUCAAUUAAAGAAGUAAAUUUGUUAGAUGAAUUAAAAUUAAUCCACUUGCAUCUCUGAAAAUUGCAGUGGAAACGUGUUUACUGUGUUAAGUUGUCUGAGCAAUUUACCUAUUAAUAAUCUCUGCAUGUUUUCUGGAAGACAUACCUGUUGCCAUGUAAUUGCACGUUUCAACAGAUGACCCUAGUUUUUUUUCUAGUAUUUCUAAAGAGCAUAAACUGAUGUGUGAAUAUUAAAAUCGAAUAAAAUAUCUUUUGUUAA